AUGGGACUCAUCAGCAAAGUCAUCCACAAGGUCGAGGGAAAGCGCGAGCGCGAGCGCGUUCGUUACCCCUCUCCCCAAAACAAACCAAGUCCCCCUCCUCAGCAACACCACAUGGGCGGUAACGGAGGACCCCAAGGCGGAUACGGCGGACCAGGUGGUCCACAAGGAGGAUACGGAGGACCCAGUGGUGAACACCACGGCGGCGGACAUCAAGGAGGUGGAUUUGGCGGACCAGGUGGACACCAAGGUGGAGGCGGAUUUGGAGGGGAGCACCAAGGCGGACACCAAGGAGGAGGAUUCGGUGGACCAGGUGGACAUCAGGGAGGUGGAUUUGGCGGGCCAGGUGGUGAACACCAUGGCGGAGGAGGAUUUGGAGGCGAGAGAGGUGGACACGGUGGUGGUGGACGGGGAGGACAUGGUGGAUUUUAA